AUGGGUUUGUUCGUUCUUAGUGAAACGAGUGCUGGAUUCGCCCUUUUCAAGGCGCGCGACAAGAAGAUCCUGAAGGAAUCGUCUGCGGAGAUAGAGACGGCGGAUGGUAUCAAUGGCCUGCUGAAACUGAAGCAGUUUGAGAAGUUCAGCAGUGCAGCAGAAGCUCUAGAGGAGGUAGCUUCACUGGUUGAGGGCAAGGUCUCGCCUUUGCUGGCAAAACUUCUGGACUCACUCAAAGAUGAGAAAAAAGCUUCUUUGGCCGUGGCGGACCCCAAACUGGGACAAGCUAUCAAUAAGCUUCCUGGAAUCUCCCUGACACCCAUCUCCGACUCGAGUACCAACGACCUCUAUCGUGCGAUCCGUGACAACCUUUCCUCUCUGAUCCCUGGUCUUCUUCCAGAAAACAUCUCCACCAUGUCCCUUGGUCUGUCGCAUUCCCUAUCUCGCCACAAACUUAAGUUCUCGCCAGACAAAGUUGAUACUAUGAUCGUUCAGGCUAUCGCGCUUCUGGAUGACCUCGACAAGGAGUUGAACACCUAUGCCAUGCGAGUUAAGGAGUGGUAUGGAUGGCAUUUCCCUGAGAUGGGCCGGAUUGUCAAUGAUAACUUGGCCUAUUCUCGAAUUAUCCUGAAGGUUGGCAUGCGAACGAACACUUCAGCCACAGACCUUUCCGAUAUUCUCCCAGAAGAGAUUGAAACCGCUGUGAAGGCAGCGGCCGAAGUCAGUAUGGGUACCGAAAUAACUGAGGAGGAUCUGGACAAUAUCAAACUUCUCGCCGAGCAAGUUGUCGGAUUCACUGAGUAUCGUCAGCAACUAUCCAGCUAUUUGACCGCCCGCAUGCAAGCAAUUGCACCCAACCUGACGGAAUUAGUUGGUGAACUUGUUGGAGCUAGACUCAUUGCUCAUGCCGGAUCACUUAUGAACCUUGCAAAAAGCCCGGCCAGCACUAUUCAAAUAUUAGGUGCUGAGAAAGCUUUGUUCCGAGCCCUGAAGACGAAACAUGACACACCAAAAUAUGGACUCAUCUAUCAUGCCUCGUUGGUUGGCCAAGCCACAGGGAAGAACAAAGGGAAGAUUGCACGGAUGUUGGCCGCUAAGGCAGCUAUUGGUCUUCGCGUCGAUGCUCUUUCGGAUUGGAGUGCCCAAGGCGAAGGCAAAGGCGAUGAUGUUGAUGAGGAGGAGAGAUCUGCAUUGGGUGUUACUUCGCGUGCUAAGAUCGAACGCCAUCUCCGAGCUCUGGAAGGAAAGCCUCUGCUUCCUAGAGGUGUUGCAGUUGGACCAAACGGCAAGCCUGUCGCUACUCCAGGCAAAUGGGAAGUCAAGGAGGCGAAGAAGUAUAAUGCAGAUGCCGACGGUCUUGCUGGUGAUGAGCCAGCCGCUAUCGCUCCUGCCUCCGACAAGAAAGCUAAGAAGGGAAAGAAGGAGAAGGUUGAGGAAGUAAAGAAACCUUUAAUCGAAGAAGUCUCAGAUAAGUCGGAGUCGGAAGGAGAGUCAGAAUCGGAGGAUUCAGAUGAGGAGAUGGAAGAUAAGGCGCAUAAGAAGGAGCACAAGUCCGAAGAAAAGUCAAAGAAGAAGGAAGAGAAGAAGUCCAAGGAAGAAAAACGGGCAGAGAAGGAGGAGCGGAAACAAAAGAAAGCAAAGACGGCAGGUGCUAAGGACGAGGAAGACCCAGAUACCGGAAAGAAGCGAAAACAUGAGGAGGAUACGGAGAAGUCUGAGAAGAAGAAGAAAAAGAGCAAGAGCUGA